AUGUCGACAGUCUUGCCUCCACCCUCCAAGAGACAGCGCCGCGAGGGUCUCGAGCGCUCUCGUGUUCAGCAAGAUGUUUCCGCGGCCUCUGGGCCUGAUGGCUCCUUCAAGGCUCGAUUUGUCGACCCGGAUGGCAAUCAGCAGGCGUUGGUAGAGGUUCCGCUGGCCGAUGCUUCAGAGAAAAACUUGUCGCUACUGUUGAAUACACUUUUAGCCAGAGAAAAGGAAGAUUUCGUCCCAUAUCGGUUCCGAAUCCACAUUCCCGACAGCGACAUCAUUGUUGACCAAUAUCCUACCGAUCUGCUACAAUUUUUGCGCAGUCAUGGCAUUGAGAACCCUUUUGAAACCACGGUUACAUUGAGUGCCGAGCCGCAGGCAGUCUUCAAAGUCAAAGCCGUUACACGCAUGUCACAUCGCAUCCCGGCGCAUGGCGAAGCCAUUCUUGCAGCACAAUUUCCUCCUCAGACCAGCAGCUUGCUAGCCACGGGAUCUGGUGAUAACACCGCCAGAAUCAUGGAUACCGAUACCGGAACGCCUAAAUAUACUCUGUCUGGCCACAAGGGAUGGGUGUUAUGUGUCGCGUGGUCGCCGGACGGACGCCGGCUCGCAACUGGCAGUAUGGACAAGACAGUACGGCUGUGGGAUCCCGUGACCGGCAAAGCUGUUUCUGGCGGACCGUUGAGUGGCCACGCCAAAUGGGUGACAAACAUCGCUUGGGAACCAUAUCACCUGUGGAGAGACGGCACACCCCGAUUGGCAAGUGCCAGCAAAGACUCGACGGUACGCGUGUGGAUUGUGGACGGUGGCACCACGGAGCAUGUGUUAUCCGGACACAAAAGCAGCGUCAGCUGCGUGAAAUGGGGAGGCACAGGAAGCAUCUAUACAGCCAGCCACGAUAAGACGGUCAAAAUUUGGAACGCAGAGCUUGGGACGCUACUACACACGCUCUCGUCUCACGCACACUGGGUUAAUCAUUUGGCCUUGUCCACCGAGUUUGCGUUGCGAACGGCCUACUUUGAUCACACGCCAACCCCCGCAACGGAGGAAGAGAAGCGGGCCAAAGCCAAGGAACGCUUCGAGAAGGCUGCCAGGAUACAAGGCAAGGUUGCUGAACGGCUAGUCUCGGCAAGUGAUGACUUUACCAUGUAUCUGUGGGACCCUUCGCAGGGGACAAAACCUGUAGCGCGAAUGCUCGGCCACCAAAAGCAGGUCAACCAUGUAACGUUUUCCCCGGACGGGAGCUUGAUUGCCAGCUCGGGCUGGGACAACCACACAAAACUAUGGAACGCCAGGGACGGAAAAUUCAUCAAUACGCUCCGGGGCCACGUGGCACCAGUAUACCAAUGCGCCUUUUCUGCUGACUCGCGGCUGCUUGUGACGGCUUCCAAGGAUACGACGCUGAAGGUGUGGUCGAUGGCGACGCACAAGUUGGCGGCGGACUUGCCUGGUCAUCAAGACGAGGUAUACGCGGUUGAUUGGAGUCCGGAUGGCAAAAAGGUUGGCAGUGGCGGAAAGGACAAGGCUGUACGGCUGUGGUGCAACUAA